AUGAAGAAAUCACCUAUUGAAAAGCGCCGGCGUUAUCUGAACAAGGCUAUCACUAUUCUGAGAUAUUUCGGAAUUUUAACCUAUGAUUCGUCCGCGUCGAUGCAUCGAAAAUUUUUAAAUAAUUUUAUAAGAAUAUUUACCGUUAUUAUUGGUGUUAUUUGUGUUUCAACAAUGAUUGUUGAUCUUAUAGUGAAUUUCAAUGAUUUAAUGGUGUUCGCAGAUAAUGGAUGUUUUAUUACAGGAUGGUUUAUGUCGUUUACAAAACAGCAAAUAGCUUAUAGUAAACGCCACCAAAUUUAUCAGCUCAUAAAUGAUAUCCAUAAUCCUGUUGAUGUACUAAGUCAAUCUUCAGAUUUGGAAAUGCUGGUUAAUGUGAAAGAGUGCAUGUUAUUUGAAGCAAUCGAUUGUUAUUUAGCGAUAAGUUUUGUUUUGCUUAUGAUAAUAGCCAUUAAUAUUUUCCCAGCUAUAGUCGGGCUACUACCUUGUAGAGCAAUAUAUCCCUUUGAUACAACAACGUCACCAUACUACCAAAUUGUAUUUUUUAUUCAAGCAUACACUAUAGCUUAUAAUCUUGUUAAUAUAAUAGCUUUGGAAUUUAUCAGCUAUCAAUUGAUACGAUACACUACGCUUCAAUUACGAGUACUAUCAUUUAAUUAUAAAAAUUGUAAAGGUGAUUCGAAAAAAAUGUUAUCUUUUGAUUCAACACGGAAAACUAUUGAUGCCAUUAAAAUACAUAAUUUAUUUGAUAUCGAGGAUAAACAAAAAGAAAUAACUAGUUUUGUAGCAUUUGAAGAUAAAGAAAUAAAUAAUAUUGAGAAUUCUUUUAAUUGGAGAUUUAAAACUUGUAUAAAUCAUCACCAGAGACUUAUUAGAAUUGUUAAAGAUCUCAAUGAUACUUUUCAAACCUCCCUCAUGGUACAACUCGGUAUGAGUCUAUUGAUUAUUUGUUUCAAUGGUUAUCUAGCAGCUAUGUUUCCUCAUGAUAAAAAAUCAUUGAUCAGAUAUAUCAUAUAUUUAUUAUCGGGAUCUCUCCAAUUACUGUAUUGGUGUGCAUUUGGAAAUCAACUCAAAUUUGAAGCAGAUCAUUUGACGACAGGUCAGUGGAUGUGCGGGUGGGAAAACAAUUACGAUAGUGGUAUUAAAAAUCUUGUGACAACAGCAAUGAUAAAAACAAUGCAGCCACUGGAAAUACGUGCCGGGGGACUUUUCGUUUUAAACAUGGAAACUUUUAUAUCAAUUUUGAAGAGUUCGUAUUCUGUCUUUAUAUUAUUAACAACUGUUGCGGAUUAAUGACGAUAAUCAAGUUCUUUAAUUCAAUAAUGG